ACAGUAGACACCACUGGGCGGAACCGAAGGGUUAGCUGAUGAGUGGCCACUGGGUGACGGCGGAAUUAAUUGGCACAAACUCUCCCAAGACAGGCGCAAGGCAAUUGGAGUCCAUCCAGCGGCUAUGAGGGCGAUUUAGCUAUUCUGAAUCCAAUCGCGGGGCGAAAUUCUGGAAGACAGUCUCAGGUUUCAGCCCACUGGGGAAGGGGCAUGAAGAACCGGAUUGUUUUCCAGGUGAGGAGCAGAGGACAGCCUUAGACAACCCGUUCCAAGAGCUUGAGGUGCAGCCAGUCCCGUCCUCCAAUCUUGCCCACUCUCAUCCCAAACUAGCUCUACAAAGCAGAGCUUCUAGUCUCUGUUUCAGCUAUGAAGGGAAUGAGGCGAAGAGAAGAUGAGUCACACAGUCCUUCAACUUCGGAGCCAAGACUAGACUCGGCUUUGCCCCACUCCCAAGCCAGGUUCUUUACCCCGUUUUGCUGAUGCGGAUGCAGAGGGGAUGAUGGCCUGUCCUUAGCAAAGACCAACCUUGACCCUGAACCUCCUGCGAUGGACGGUCGGGACUACCCAUCCCCUCAUUGCCCGCCUACCCGGGAACUCCCGGGACCUGCUCCGGCAGCCUCUGGGAGGGGAGCAGGGCUACCCGCCCGCGUCAUCUGAUGCUGUUUCCUGCAGGAGGGAGAAGAGCGGAAAAAAGUGAAACUCCACCCUCCACCUCUGCCUCCCGCCCCCGGGGCCAAAGUACAAAGGGAGGAGGAAGAAGGGAACGGGGUUGGAGCCGUCGGGCUGAGGGAGCCGGGCUGGGAAGCGGCAGCUCGGCCCAACUAGGGACACUCCAGCCACCCCCUGCGCAAAAAGACCCAACCGGAGUCCAGGCGCUGCCCCUUGCUGGCCCCACCUUACACUUGGCGAGUGCCGGAGCCAGCCUCCCAGGACUGCUCCAGGACUGAGGGACUUUCGGGCCCCUCCAAGCUGGCCAUGGUGAGACGCCGGAGGCCCCGGGGUCCCACCCCCAGAGCCUGACCACACUGCCCUGGGUGGCCCUCUAGAAGCCCGAGAUGCGGGGGGCCGGGAGGCAAUACUCCUGGCUCCCCAGAGAGGUUUGGGUCUGGGGCUGAGGGCCAGGGCCCGGAUGCCCGGGUUCCGGGACUAGGGCCUUGGCAGCCAGCAGGGGUGGGGACCAGGGGCACCCAGGGAAGGUACCCCACUUGCCCCAGUAUCGGGUCCCAGCCAUGGAGCCCUUGAAGAACCUCUUUCUCAAGAGCCCGCUGGGGUCGUGGAACGGCAGCGGCAGUGGGGGCGGUGGGGGUGGCGGCGGAGGAGGCUGGCCAGAGGGGUCCCCGAAGACAGCGGCUUAUGCCAACCCUGUUUGGACAGCCCUGUUUGACUACGAACCCAACGGGCAGGACGAACUGGCCCUGAGGAAGGGCGACCGUGUGGAGGUGCUGUCCCGGGAUGCAGCUAUCUCAGGCGAUGAGGGCUGGUGGGCGGGCCAGGUGGGCGGCCAGGUGGGCAUCUUUCCAUCCAACUAUGUGUCUCGGGGCGGUGGCCCGCCCCCCUGCGAGGUGGCCAGUUUCCAAGAGCUGCGGCUGGAGGAGGUGAUCGGCAUCGGUGGCUUCGGCAAGGUCUACCGCGGCAGCUGGCGAGGUGAACUGGUGGCUGUGAAGGCAGCUCGCCAGGACCCCGAUGAGGACAUCAGUGUGACAGCUGAGAGCGUGCGCCAGGAGGCCCGGCUUUUCGCCAUGCUGGCACACCCCAACAUCAUUGCCCUCAAGGCCGUGUGCCUAGAGGAGCCCAACCUGUGCUUGGUGAUGGAGUAUGCGGCCGGUGGGCCCCUCAGCCGUGCCCUGGCUGGGCGACGUGUGCCCCCGCAUGUUCUGGUCAACUGGGCUGUGCAAAUUGCCCGCGGGAUGCACUACCUGCACUGUGAGGCCCUGGUGCCCGUCAUCCACAGAGACCUCAAGUCCAACAACAUUCUGCUGCUGCAGCCCAUUGAAGGUGAUGACAUGGACCACAAGACCCUGAAGAUCACUGACUUCGGACUGGCCCGAGAGUGGCACAAAACCACACAAAUGAGUGCUGCGGGCACCUAUGCCUGGAUGGCCCCUGAGGUUAUCAAGGCCUCCACUUUCUCUAAGGGCAGCGAUGUCUGGAGUUUUGGGGUGCUGCUGUGGGAGUUGCUGACUGGGGAGGUGCCCUACCGUGGUAUCGACUGCCUCGCUGUAGCCUACGGAGUAGCUGUCAACAAGCUCACACUGCCCAUCCCAUCCACCUGCCCUGAGCCCUUCGCACAGCUCAUGGCAGACUGCUGGGCGCAGGACCCCCACCGCAGGCCCGACUUUGCCUCCAUCCUGCAGCAGCUGGAGGCGCUAGAGGCGCAGGUCCUGCGGGAAAUGCCGCGGGACUCCUUCCAUUCCAUGCAGGAAGGCUGGAAGCGUGAGAUCCAAGGCCUUUUCGACGAACUGCGGGCCAAGGAAAAGGAACUUCUGAGCCGCGAGGAGGAGCUGACCCGCGCGGCGCGUGAGCAGCGGUCACAGGCAGAGCAGCUACGGCGGCGCGAGCACCUGCUGGCUCAGUGGGAGCUGGAGGUGUUCGAGCGCGAGCUGACGCUGCUGCUGCAGCAGGUGGACCGGGAGCGGCCGCACGUGCGCCGCCGCCGCGGCACCUUCAAGCGCAGCAAGCUCCGCGCGCGAGACGGCGGCGAGCGCAUCAGCAUGCCCCUCGACUUCAAACACCGCAUCACCGUGCAGGCCUCACCCGGCCUGGACCGGAGGAGAAACGUCUUCGAGGUUGGGGCUGGGGACUCGCCCACCUUCCCCCGGUUCCGGGCCAUCCAGUUGGAGCCUGCUGAACCAGGCCAGGCAUGGGGCCGCCAGUCCCCUAGACGUCUGGAGGACUCCAGCAACGGAGAGCGGCGAGCAUGCUGGGCCUGGGGCCCCAGUUCCCCCAAGCCUGGGGAGGCUCAGAAUGGGAGGAGAAGGUCCCGCUUGGACGAAGCCACGUGGUACCUGGAUUCAGAUGACUCAUCCUCCUUGGGAUCUCCUUCUACACCCCCAAUGCUCAAUGGCACUACUCCACUUCUGGCACCAAAUGUGGGGUUCCCGUUCAGUUCUAACACAGUCUACCUGGAGUUCGCAUCGGACCCUCCAGGUAACCCCCCGCGGCCGAGCCCGGAGCCCGAGGAGCCUCGGCGCCCAGGCCCCGCGGAGCGCGGUAGCGGCUCCGGGACGCCCAAGCUGAUCCAGCGCGCGCUGCUGCGCGGCACAGCCCUGCUCGCCUCCCUGGGCCUGGGCCGCGACCUGCAGCCGCCGUCGCCGUCGCCGGGCGGCCUGGGCCGCGAGCGUGGGGAGCCCUCGCCAAUGCCCCGCGCGCCGCUGCCUACACCGUCAGCCGCCGAGCCACCCCCCUCCCAGCUCAUCCGCUUCUCCCCCAAGAGGCCCGACGCCCCCCCCUCCCCGCUGAGCCCGGACGCCCCCGGCCCGCCCACCCCUGCGCCCCUGCUGCUGGAGCUGGGAGUCCCCGUGGGCCAGCUGUCAGCCAAGAGCCCCCGGCACGAGGAGGAGAGGCGCGGAAGUGCUGUCUCACCGCCGCCAGGGAUAUCACGCUCUGCUCCUGGCACCCCAGGCACCCCACGCUCACCGCCCCUGGGCCUCAUCAGCCGACCUCGACCCUCACCCCUUCGCAGCCGCAUCGACCCGUGGAGCUUCGUGUCAGCCGGGCCACGGCCUUCACCUUUGUCCUCGCCACAGCCUGCGCCCCGCCGGGCACCCUGGACCUUGUUCCCGGACUCGGACCCCUUCUGGGACUCUCCACCUGCCAACCCCUUCCGGGGGGGCCCUCGGGACUGCAGGGCACAGACCAAAGACAUAGGUGCCCAGGCCCCGUGGGCGCCAGAGGCAGGGCCCUGAGUGGGCUGGGCUGCUCCCUCACGCUCCAGCUGCCCUACAGGAGCCACAGUAUACACUGGAACAGGAGCCGGGCGAGCCUCUGUAGCUGCCUUGGUUUCCCCCAGGGACCCCACCCCCUUUGGGGGUCAGGAACACUACACUGCACAGGAAGCCUUCACACUGGAGGGGGGGAGCCUGCACCCCCCCCACACCUGCAACCUGUGGGUCCCCCGACUCACCUGCCCCGUUGGGGCCCAACACUGUACCCAGCUGGUUGGGAGGACCAGAGCCUGUCUCAGGGAAUCGCCCCCAGGGGUGUUGCAGGAAGGAGGGGAAGUACAGGGGAGAGGGGCUGGCCUCGGCUGUCACCAGCACUCUUGACCAAGCCCUGCUACUGUGGCCCCCGCCCCAGAGCUUAGUGCCCGGAUGCCCCCACCCCUGCCCUGGGGGUCCUCUGGGGCCAGGACUCUCUGGGUGCCCUCCUGCCGCCCCGGCCAGGGUUGGGGCCUCGGCCUCAGGAUCCUAUGAAGCCAAAUAAACUCCCCGAGCUGUC